UUAGUCACUGGUGGGUUUCGUCCGGAGAGGGAGGGAGAACGAGCUCUACGUCAGACGUAUGUGCAGUCCGUUUUUAAAAUAUAAAGAUUAAUUUAUUAAUUCGUCGUUUUGUCAAGAAAUAUCUUAUCACUUUUACUCACUGGAAUUAUUAACCUACUAUUAAGGCCAGUGAGGAUGCCUUCUGUAAAGUUUCAGAAAGGGGAGAUGGUGAUGGGCCGCUGGCCUGGCAGCAGCCUGUAUUAUGAGGUCAAGGUGUUGGGCUAUGAAACCAAAAGUCAGCUUUACACCGUCAUCUACAAGGAUGGUACUGAGCUGGAGCUCAGGGAGCAAGACAUCAAGAGUGCUCUUGGUUUCCAGAUGCGUUCACGCUCCCGCUCUCGUUCCCGAUCACCAGGCCGCCGUCAUAGCCGCUCACGCUCCCCAGCGAGGUCCACGCGCCGCUCAUCCUCCCGCACAGCGGCAGCAGUCGCUUCUGCAGCUAUUACAGAGAGUGCACCAUCCUCCCGCAGGGAUCCAAAGCUGAGGGAUGCAGAAGUCAGGCUCACUUCCCUGUCAACUGAGAACAAUAGCAACAAUAAGCAUGAAAAGAAAGCAGAGAAACAAAAAGAGGAGAAUGACACUGCUAACAGAGUUAAUGAGUCUGAGUCUAAGGUAGAGGCCGAGCCUGAGAAGAACCAAAGCCGCUACAAUCUGCGCCGCAGGAAGGACGACGGAGAUGCCAAAACAGCUGAGGCCAAAGCAGAGCAGCUGGAUGAGAAGGAUGCCAAGCUGGCUGCAGCUCCUGCUCCUUCCCUCUCCACCCCACUUGACUUUGGUGGUAAGAUAGGAGCGUACUUCUGGCUGCUCUUCCUUCCCGCCUGGGUCCUCUUUGUGAUACUCCAAGGAAACUUGGAGGACCCCAGCCUGGCCAACUUCCCUCCUCCUCUGCCCCCUCUGGAAGCCUUCUGGGAUGCUCAGGCUCUUGGCUUAGUUAUCCUCUGGAUCUUAUUCCAGGUCCUGCUCUACGUUCUGCCUGUUGGAAAACUGAGUGAAGGCAUGGCACUGAGGUCUGGGGAGAGGCUGAAGUACAGAACCAAUGGUUUCUUUGCCAUUGUGGUGAGUUCUCUAGCGGUGGCAGCUGUGGUGUACUACGGGGUUGACCUCACCUACAUCCACAGCAACUUUCUGCAGCUGGCUUCAGCCUCCUUCCUCAUCUCCGUCCUGCUUAGCGUCUACCUGUAUGUCCGCUCUCGCUACGCAGCCCCGGCACAGUUGGCACUGGGGGGGAACUCUGGCAAUGUGGUUUAUGACUUUUUCAAAGGACGUGAGCUCAAUCCUCGCAUCAAAGACUUUGACCUGAAAUUCUUUUGUGAGAUGCGCCCUGGUCUGAUUGGCUGGUGUUUGAUCAACUUUGCCAUGGCGCUGGCUGAGAUGAAGCAGCAGGGUCUGGAUGCUCCAUCUUACUCCAUGAUCCUUGUGAACCUCUUCCAGCUUCUCUAUGUGGUGGACGGCCUCUGGAAUGAGGAGGCCAUCCUGGACUUGAUGCACGAUGGUUUUGGCUUCAUGUUGGCGUUUGGUGAUCUGGUGUGGGUUCCCUUCACUUACACUCUGCAGGCAUAUUACCUGGUGAGCCACCCGAACCCCCUGAGCCUCCCAGCUGUCGCAGCCAUUGUCACGCUCAAACUUGGGGGCUUCUACAUCUUCAGGAAGUCCAACUCUGAGAAGAACGCCUUCAGGAGAAACCCAUCAGACCCCAAACUGUCUCAUUUGAAGACCAUCCCCACAGCUACAGGAAAGAGUCUGCUGGUGUCUGGCUGGUGGGGUGUGGUUCGCCACCCUAACUACCUAGGAGACCUCAUCAUGGCUCUGGCCUGGUCCAUACCCUGUGGCUUCAGCCACCUCCUGCCGUGGUACUACAUGGUCUACUUCAUCAUUCUGCUCGUGCACCGAGACUCCCGCGACAUGAGCGAGUGCAGGAGGAAGUACGGCUCGGCGUGGGACGAGUACUGCCGAACUGUUCGUUACCGGAUCAUUCCCCGUGUCUACUGAGGAAGCUAGCACUGGACACUCCUGAGCUGAGGCCUUUUUUUGACCCAACAAGCUCACUAAAACCCAAAUCUGAAAGCAUUGACUGACUGAUUUGUCUUUUUAGAAUGAUCUUUUUUAAUUCUGGACUGAAGGUGCUACAGUAUUUUGAAUUUUUGGAUGUAAGAAAAACAGAAGUCAUUGGUAUUAUGAAUUGUUUGAAGAAUUGCCUUUUUAAAAUAGAACAUACAAAUGUACUUUUAAAAGUUUACACAUGGGCUGGGGAAAAAUGCCUCAGCAAGGAAUGUCUUGUCAGGAUGUAUAUUUUUGUAUAUAUACAUUUGUUUUUAUACUUUUAAGAAUAACUCACCACUUGCAUCAUUUUUGCUAAGUUUAACUCUUUGCUCCCAUAUUCAGAAUGUUAAAAUAUCAGCUUGGCUAUUAUGAAAAGUAUGCCUUCCUACUAUAAUUAUACUGCUUGUGUAUAUUGUGAAGGAUGGGAUUAGAAAUUAUUUUUAAAUGACCUGUACAGUGGAACUAGGACUCAUGUUCUUUCUCAGGACCCAGGAUGUUGUCAGAAAGUUGAAUUAGAGAGAAGUUUUGUCUUUAUUUUAUUGUGUAUAAUUUUAUAUAGAUAUCUAGUUUUGAAUUCAGAGUGUAAAAUCAUUUUAGUGGUUUCAAGAAAAAUGCACUAAUGUGUUCAGGCAUUUUUAAAUUUCCUCCUUCUGUUAUCAGUUCCAAAGUGUAUUUAAUUUGGCUUUGCUACCUCAGGUUCACUCACUGUCCUGUCCUUCCUCCUCUGUACCCGCUGGGAGGCAGUGUGUGUAAUUAUGAGUGUGACAUCACUGCUUAAGAAUGGGAACUGAGUUUGUAUCUGUCAUGAAUAAGUGGUACCCAUCCACAUCACAUGAGUCAUGGCUUUAGAAUGAAACUCCCAAAUACUUUGAUUUCCUGCAUUUUUACAGCAUUAUUUUGUCCUGCUAGUUUCUGGUGCAUAUUCUACCACUGCCACGUGAAUUUGGUUUGAACCUAUUUAAGCUUUAACUCGCCAGGUCAUAUGACAAUUUAAUGACGUUUAUACUGUGACAACAUGCAGAGCUGUUGACUGUGUUAGCAUUUGCAAACCCCCAAAAAUGUUUUUAUGCACAUGCAGAUGUAGAUGAUGACAUGAGUAGCAAUAAAUUAAUUAGACUUGGUAGCAUUUUUAUUUUAAAAAUGUAUGCUGUGCUGACUAAAUAAUAUGUAAAUAUUGUUUUUGUUUUAUUUUUAAUCAUGUUACUUUGAGAGAAACAGGUGACAGUAGUGAUAAUAGAAUUAUUUCCCAUUAGAUAUUUAAUGUUGCUUUUUAUUUGGUUUUCUUAAAGAUAACUACCUUGACCACUUUUUGACCACUGUAGUUAUGUUUACACGUAGAUUUGACAUGUUUAUGGAGCAAAAUUUCGAAUUCUAUUCAAACCAUUGUAAAAUGGUGUGUCUUACUCUUCACCUGGUCAGAGAGAAAAGAUGUUUGGUACUUGGACAUGUGACAGCAGUGAAUGAAACGUUAACAGGUCCAGCAGACUGCCAGUAAGGCUCAAUCAAAUCUGUGACUGUGACUGGAAAAAGCUUUUCUGUACAAAUGUUGCAGCAUAAAAUAAACAUUUACAGUAUUUCCUU